UCUUUAAGUUAACGCGAGAUUCUCGUCUCCAUGGUUUUGAUUACAAAUGGCUGCUCCCAUGGCCUGAAUUGAAAUAUUGAAGUUCGUCUUAAUUUAGAGCUUCAUAUAUAUAGUUUCAGUCAUGCCUGGAGAAAGUAAAAAAGACAAGAAACAACAGGAAGAUGACAAGCCAGUGAUCCACUCUGGGAUCUACAUCUUCCCAAAUGGAGACAGAUAUGAAGGUGAGUUUAUCCAUGGUAAUGAUGGAUCAGUAGAGAGGUCAGGUCAGGGAGUGCACACCACUACAGACGGAAGUGUUUAUUGUGGUCAGUGGGGGUCUGAUAAGAUGAAUGGACAAGGAAAAUUGACCAAUCCAUCUGGGGCAGUAUAUGAAGGAUAUUUCAAUAACAACCAGUUUCAUGGUCGUGGGAAAUACACUUGGCCAAACAGCUCAUUUUAUGAGGGGGACUUCCAAGAGAACAGGAUGGAGGGUGAUGGACAAUUUACAGACACAGAAGGUCAAGUGUGGGUCGGAACAUUCAGAUACAAGGCUGCACCAGGACUCAAGUUCAGACUCAAUCUAGACUGAAUAAUCAUUACAAGAAUACCAUAAUGAACAAGCAUUAAGUCAUCAUGGAUUGUAUGUCCUGAUUGAGAAAGCAUCUUGGAGUAUAGAACCUGCUAUGUGAUAGUGAACAAGGGGGAAAACAUCAUUUGUCUGAAUUUGUCACUGUGAAAUCCAAGUGAGUGUACAGGAUUUAGUACUGACUAUCUCAACACUUUAUUGACACUGUUGCUGCUGUCAUAUAUGGAAUACAUUCAUAUUACUUUCACCGUGUGAUAAUGGUUAAUUUGGUGGGAAUAAUUUAUUGCUGUAGUCAACAACAUGAUAAUGCAGUAAAAUGCAGUCAGCAUUAAGCAUUUUAAGUAGAUCCAAAGAUUACAUUCCAUGGUAAAACAUUAAGGUUUAAAUUAUUAUUUCAACUUAUAAUAUAUAUCAACUACAUGUGUACCAAGUAUUUGUUCUCUCUUUUAAUUUGUCUUUGACAAUGAUUAGAUAUGCAUUAAGUGUAUUGAUAAAAAGCUAAAAACAAAAUAUUUAAACCAAAUAAAGUUUAGUUCAAAUCUCGUCCCAUAUUACAUCUGUCCCAUCCCAUUCUGAAUCAAUGUCAUGUCACAACUUCAUUGUGACAGAUUUCAAUAAAACAUGAUACAAUACACAAACUUAAAGUGAGUACAUACAUCUGUAUAUAUCUUUAAAAAAAAAAAAAAAGCUUUUGAUAUUAUUU